AUGGAAGAUGCAGCAAAUUUGGAAGAGUAUUCAAGUGCUGUGAAUGAAAUGGAAGAUCCAACAAAUAUGAAAGAUAAAGUGAAGGACCCAGAGGUUGGAGCAAUAUUUGAUUCCUUGGAAGAGCUAGCUGAAUAUUACAAAAAUUACGGGAAAGAAAAGGGGUUUGAAGUUAGUAAAAGGACCUCAAGAAAGGGGGAUGGUGGGGAACUGAAAUAUUUGACUUUGGCAUGUUCACGUUCCGGAAAGUCGAAGUGUAAUUCAAGGAAUUCCCUUAAGUUGCAUCCAAUAACAAAAACGGAUUGUCAAGCUAGAGUUAGAGCAAGUAUAUGCCUUGAUGGAAAGUGGAAGGUGUGCUCUUUUGUGCUUGAGCAUAAUCAUGAGCUUAGUACUCCAAGUAAAACUCGGUUUUUUAGAAGUAGCAGAACAAUCAAGCCAUAUAUGAAAAGAAAGAUAGAAGUGAAUGAUCGAGCUGGGAUAAGACCGAAUAAAAAUUAUAAUUCUUUUGUUUUUGAGGCAGGUGGCCAUGACAAGUUACCCUUUUUGGAAAAAGAUUGCAGAAAUUAUAUUCAAAAGAUGAGGCAAUUACGGCUUGGAAAGAGUGAUGCUACUGCAAUCCAACAAUAUUUCAUGAAGAUGCAAAGUAGUGACUCAAAUUUCUUUUAUAUUAUGGAUUUGGACCAAGAUGGUCGAUUAAAGAAUGUGUUCUGGGCAGAUGCAAGAAGUAGAGCUGCAUACCGAGAGUUUGGUGAUGUUGUGACAUUUGACACUACAUAUUUAACAAAUAAGUAUGACAUGCCGUUCGCACCUUUCGUUGGGGUGAAUCAUCACGGGCAUUCAACAUUGCUAGGAUGUGCAUUAAUCUCUAAUGAGGAUACUCCAACAUUUACAUAG